CUAAACUUGGUUGUUACGUCACACCACCGGCAGCACCACCGCGUUUCUGCUCUGUUACGAACAAUAAUUUUUUCGACAGUCGCGGUAGUUUUUUAAACAUUCGCCAACCUUAUGAUACAAAGUUGAAUAAAUUCGCUGGAUAUUUUAUUAAAUUCUCACAGUCAUUUGUGUCUCGAAAUUUCUUGAUCUUUUCAAUGCUGUUCAAAAUAAUUAAACGCGAUAUUUCAUAUUGAAGGGAAUGCUAUAAAUUUCUUAUCCGUAUUCGAAUCUGUGUUAUCACUCUGUUGUCAGCAUUGCGUUAUUUGAAAGCACCGUGUGGAAUGUGAACGGCGAUCUUGAAUUUUCAUUGUAUUAUUCGAUCACGAAAAAAUACUUUGUGAUUGUCGACUCUUUCGAAAUCAAUUGAAAUAAAAUGAGAUGGACACCGAGGCAGCUUAUGCUGCCAGUUAUCAUUGGAAUUGCCUUAACAGGUGCUGGAUUGGGAAUUAUUUAUUUACUCGUAGAGAAGGAAAAUGAGAGAGAGAAAAUCGACAGAGAAACAAGAGGUUUGUCUUCCAGGAAUCAAAUGCGUCUGGAAAUGCAAGUGCCAAGAGAAUUUGUUCCAGCUGUGAUAGGCAGAGGAGGGACAGUGAUAAAGAGCAUAGAAAAUACGACUGGAACUAAAAUAAGAUUCGACGAUGACAAUCCAGAUGUGGCAGAAAGAAUUUGUUUUAUCAAAGGAACUGCGGAAGGUUUGAGAAUGGCGGAGGCAAUGAUCCAAAAUAUACUUGCCAGUCAGCCGCUUAUUGAAACUUACGAGACUUAUGUGCCGCAGAGAGUUUGCCCAAAGAUCAUUGGCAGAGCUGGAGAAAGUAUAAGGGAAAUUCAAGUAUCCACCAAAGCAAAGAUCAUUAUCGAAAAAUCGUGGUCUUCUGAUCCGAACUCUAAGAGGAGAGUUAUCAUCAAGGGAACCGCUGAACAAAUAGCUUCCGCCCUGAAUCAAAUCGAGGACAAAGUUCACGAGUAUAACGAAACUCUCGAGAAAUUGGUCGCAGGUGAAUCGUCCCGUUCGCAGCGUGGAAAAGUUUCUCCCAGAAUUCCUGCUAUUAAUCCGCCUAACGAUACUCCUCUGUUAACGCAACCAGCAAAUGAUGAAACUCUUAAUGUCAUUCAUUUUGCAGAAGGAACAAUGGACGUCUAUGUGAGCGCAAUCGAAAAUCCCAGCCAAUUUUGGGUUCAAGUGGCUGGUUCCGGAACUCUCUGUCUCGACGAAUUAGUCGCCGAAAUGACGGCUUACUACGAAGAUGUUGAAAACCAAGAGAUUCACGCCUUGAAAAAUGUCACGGUCGGACAAACCGUAGCGGCGAAAUUUCUCUUCGAUGGUAAAUGGUAUCGUGCCGAAGUGAUAUCAUCACUAGAGGACGACGAGUGUGAAGUUUACUUUCUGGAUUACGGUGACCAUGAAAUCGUUUCCAUCAAACACGUGUUUGAACUUCGCACCGAUUUCCUCAGCUUACGUCUCCAAGCGAUCGAGUGCUCCUUGGCCAACGUUAAACCACACGAGGGCGAAUGGAGUGCUGAAUCGAUUGAAAGAUUCAGUGACCUCACCUGGGUCGCCCAGUGGAAAGUCCUCAUCGCUAAGGUCAGAGGCUACAAGGAACGUGCCCUCGGUCUAGGCAGUUCGCGUCGCGAAGGCUCGCCGAUUCCUUGCGUUGAUUUAUACGACAAGAACGACUCUAAGGAUAUUAAUAUAGGAAAACAGAUGGUCGUUGAGAAUUUAGCGGAAGCUGAGGAAGGUGCAUGGUCCGCUGCGAGUUCGACGCUCUCUCUAUCGAGGCGUAGUAACGAUAGCGCGAGAAGUCCGACACCCGUUAGAUCGCCUCCUCCACCACCGACCGUGAAAAAGUCGGCGACAGCGUUGGAGCCUCGAAAAAAAAUGACUAACGCUUCCGCGAUCGAGGAAAUUGAUUUAACGACGACACCGCAAAAAUCGAGCCAGCCGAUAGAGGAGAUCGAUCUCGUUACGCCAGUCAGGAAAGCGACCGAGCAAUUAGUCGAGAACGAGAAAUCGGCGCAUCUGGAGAACGGUGGAGGCGACGCCGGUCAUCAUCGAGUCCAUGGAAACGGCGAUUCCCUGAGAGAAAACGGAAACUCGAUCGACCACCACGCAUCUACCAAAUCGAAUUUGUUUUCCGAUGAUUGCGAGAGCGAUGAAUCUCAUAACUCCGAUGACUUGCAGUUGGCUUAGGAACUCUUCGCCUCUUUAUUCUUAUCUCACGAAUUCUACAUAAUCACAAAGAAUAAUGGAGUAGAAAUUUAGCUUUAAGAAAAUCAAACAUUGUUGAUGAUUUUUCAAAUGCUUCCAAUGUUUGCUGGACAAACAAUCUAUUUUUUCUUUUUCUAAUCAAGCAGAGGUCUUUGCAUCUUUCAUUACUUUGAAACUUUACAAGCUCUUAUUUAUUAUAUUUUUCAUCAAAACAAUCGCUCAUUAUUAAACUCGAGACCAAUGCUUUCAUCAAAAUAAGCUAAACAUUCUUCAUAACGUAUUUUCAAGCUUGAAUGAAAAAUUUUUGCUGAAAUUUUACCAAAUUCGAAUAUACGAUUAUAGUUUCGACGCUAAAACUUUAACAUAGCCAUAAAUAAUGAAUCAGUAGAAUUAGAAAAUCUGAGGAUUUCAAAGUAACAAGAAACGCUCAUCUCUGUUUCGACCUUAGGGAGUGUACAACGAAAGAGAAAUUUUUCCGCUCAAAUUCGCGAUGAGAUGGCAAUUUGGUCGAGCGAUCGUGAACUCCUCCCGAUCAUCGUGACACCUUCGGCCCCGCGUUCGCACAAGUGCCCGUGCCUUCUGAGACAACAAUCGGUUCCUACCGUAAUGAAAUGCGCUUCCGCAUCCCGACUUCGGGUCUCGCACUUCCCCGAGAGAACGAUUUUAUUUUUUGUACCGAUACAUAGAGAGAGAAAAAAUAUUGUCGACUGCUGUUGCGGUCUGUCGAGAAAGUUUACGAUUGUUAAAGUAGUAUAUACAUUUGUAUAGCGUUGGAAGUGUUUUUUUCGACUGAAAGCCAAGUUACGUGUGCGUUAGAAAAUUCGAGAAUCAUCUCAAUCGUAACGAACGAUACAAAUCAUUUUAAGUUUUUCCUUUCAUGUUUUUUUUCUCAGAUACUUUUUUCUCGAGUUUUCUCAUCGUAUACCAGUUUUUUUUUCUUUUUUCUUAUGUAAACAACGAUUAUUUUUUAGGCUCAGUCAUAAGAGUUAACUAACGAUUUAAUGUGUCGUUUAUUUUUGAGGUUUCAUAGCGUUAAUAAGCUGCAUAAUUGACCUUCGUAGUAUACUUUGUGACGGGAGAAACGACUGCUUACGAUAUUUUGACUCCCAGUCUCGUCGUUCAAACCCAGUACUGGUUUAUUCGUUAAGGACGAUUACCUCCAAUAGAACAAAAUCUAAGUACAAUAGGCAGGGUAAAAUGAUACACGCUAGAAUGUAAUGAUAGUUUUCGAAAAUCCUUUACACGCACUUUCUUGUGCAGAAAUUUUAUUCGAACGUCAGGUCUGAAGACCUCGAAUUUUCAAUCUUGUGGCUGCAUUCAGCACCUCGCGAUUAUCCAUUUUCAAUAAUAACUGCAUCAAAAUUUAUUAACAUGCAUAAAUUGUGACAGAAAAUAUUUGCAGUCGUGUAGUGCGAAGAAAAAUCUGAAUAUGAUCGAAUAAAAUUUCUGACUGGGAGUAUAAUUAUAAUUCGGUGGUAUCGUGUUGUAAGAACAGUAGAGAAAGAGGAACGUUAUAUUGAAAUUUCGCCACAGCGAGUGUCCGUUUUACGAUGAUACACUGUAUUAAGCUCUUGAAACUUAGCGUCCGGCUUUUUCGUCGGACUGUUUUUUUUUUCUCUUACGAACUCUACAGUUCGCCGCAAGAAAUGCGGACAAAAAAAGCGAAAACGUGAUUGGUAAUCUCGAACUUUGUCGUGAGACGCAAUUUUCGCGGCUGGAAGAAAUGUCUAUUGGCUCUUUUA